CCCGGCCACCGUCACUCUGAGCGGUAAGUAACUUAGUGCUCCAGCGACAGCCUCUCCUUCAGCCAGCAUGGAUGAAAACACGUUAAAGCAGUUGGUGAAGUUCACCCAGGAGGGACAGCUGGAGUCUCUGGAGAAGCAGAUCGCAUCGGGCGGCUCAGAGGCGGUGCAGGCGGUCAGCAGCAGACACUGGGGCCGCUCGGGAGACACCCUGCUGCACUACGCUGCCAGACACGGACACCUGGACAUCGUGGAGUACCUGAUCCAGCGGCUGGACAUGGACGUGGAGGUGUACAACAACGACUACAAGAGGCCGCUGCACGAAGCUGCCUCCAUGAGCCACGAGGACUGUGUUAGCUUCCUGCUGCAGCGAGGAGCAGCGGUGGACAGUCUGAAGAAGGCGGACUGGACUCCUCUGAUGAUGGCCUGCACUCGGAGGAACCUCGGUGUGAUCCAGGAGCUUCUGAGCCACGGCGCUGACCCUGCGCUGAGAAACAAGGACGGCUGGAACUCUUUCCACAUCGCCUGCAGAGAGGGCGAUCCUCUGGUUGUACAGCACCUGCUUCAUGCUGUGCCGGACAUCUGGAGGACGGAGAGCAAGACGCGCCGGACGCCGCUGCACACUGCAGCAAUGCAUGGCUGUGAGGAGGUUGUUGGAAUCCUGCUGGACAGAUGUGGCUACACCCCAGACGGCACCGACAGCUGUGGAGUCACUCCUUUCAUGGAUGCUGUCCGGAAUGGACACAUUUCUGUGGCCAGGCUGCUUCUGGAGAAGCACCAGGCGUCUCCGACAGCAUCUGACAUACUCGGGGCUCAGCCGCUGCACCAGGUCUCUGUCACCGGUCAGGACGAGGCUCUGCGGUUCCUGGUGCAGGAGCUUCACGUAGACCUAAACCAGAGGGCGACUGGCAUCCAGCUCACUGCCCUGCAUUAUGCUGCAAAGGAGGGCCACACGUCCACCAUACAGACCCUGCUGGAGUUGGGGGCAGAUCUUCAUGUUCGGGACAAAAAGGGAAGAACUGCUCUUCACAUGUCUUGCAUCGGGCAGCAUGCAGCAGCAGCCAGGACGCUCCUGCUGCUCGGCCUCAAAGACUCCGAGGACGCAUCCGGCACGACAGCACGGCAGCUCGCCAGCAGACCAGACGUAGUGAAGGUGUUUGAAUGUGACGCAUUGUAAAGCAGCAAGCUGUCAAUCCAAACACACACUUUUAGUUGGUUUUAGUAACCGAUUUAAGUAAAGAAAAGAAGCUGAAACACUUCACUUGAUGCCAGUUAAUCAGCUCUGGUUGUGUUGGUUACGAUAAGUCUUGGUCAAUUGUGGUUUGGCAUCUUUUUUGUUUGGGUGAAGCUGUGCAGUGAGGUCGGGGUAACACACGAUCAGACACGCUGAAGUUAAGCUCAGCUGCUUUUGUCUGAUCGUAUUCUGACAUCAUCGUAAACCCUCCAGCCUGCCGGGACAGUUCCUCACAGGUCUGACACAAAACAAAAACAAAGCUCUUAUUCUUUGCAAACCUCAGGUUGUUCUGUCGUCUCGUUAGCUGGAUGAUGUGUACGGCUUUGCAUCAAAGUACAGAAACGAGCGUAAGGGUACAUAUUAAAUACGUAUUUGUUAAAAAACAUUAGCUUUGUCUUGCACUUCAGGAGGUUAUUGAGUUUUUGGCUCCCAGAAAAGACAUAUUCAUGUUUUUAAAAAGCCUGUACGGCAGCUCUGUUUAGUUUGCUGGCUGCCUGUGGCCUCACACCAGACAUGCGUGACUGACAGAAGACUGUUGUUUAUCACUGGGUUUGUUCAACAGGUGUGUCCACCAUGAAACUAUUUCACAGCACAAGUAAUGAAGGCAGGCUGUUGCAUCAUUACUCCUCCUGAGAUAUGAUGACGUGUCCCUAACAAAAUAGUGUUUUUUUAUAAUUACUAUUAUUUUUAAAGAUAACUAGUUUCAGUGAAUGGUAGUGACUGUUUAUUGAGUAUGCAGAAAUGGAGGUAAGACACUGGAGAGAACGCUCACAUGUUUUCCCUCCAACACUUAGUGAUUAAUUACAGACUAUGUGCUCCUAACUUGCUUGUUCUGAGUUUGAAGAAAUGCAAUAAACCUGCUGUGCUGUCAGAAGCUUGUACAGGAUGUAGUGACGAUGUGAGAACUUAAUAAAAAGGUGUCAUCAUCUUUUCACAUGUCA